AUGUACAACUAUGAUAAAGUUGACAAGAUAAUCUUUGUCGUCAACUCUUCCUUCCUAGCCGUUGGAUUCUCCCUCAUCGAUGGUAUUGCAAGGAUCCUCUCGGAUAAACCUCCUGCUGAUGGAGAAGUGAUUGGAAUCAAUGGGUCUUCAGCCAACUCCAGGAGGAUCAAUGCAGACGCCUCUGUCUCUAAUCCGCCACUUGUUAAUCAACCCCCAUCGAUGAGGCCUUCACCUCCGACAGCCGCCUCCCCCGUCGAGGGCAUUGUUCCGGUCGAUCUUCCGCCUUGGAUAGCAAUCUCAGGCGGUGUUGAACUGCGUGUGAUGGCACGAGCACAUGUUCGGCUAGAUCGCCUGGUUCCAGAACCGAUAGCUUCGGUGCCCCGAUUGAUCGUCCGCUUCUGUCGGCAGACAUUUCCUUCUCCGGAGCACCCGGGCGAGCUCGUUGGCUUCGUCAUCCACCAACCUUUCCAUCUACUCAUGCAGCAGCAGGCAUGGGAAAGGGAGACACAGGUGAUGUUGGUUCGUGUGGCGGCCAAUUAUGUACAGCGUGCUGACCUAGAUCUUCUUGCAGAGGCGUUCCGCAACUACACAUCCUCCGCCGUCCGCCAACUACCCAUGAUGAGUGUUGUUAUGAUGGAGAUAUAUUCCAUCAUUUUCGUCCCCAAUGCGUCUUUGGGCGUCAGUCGCCUCCAGAUCUGGCUGCCUCCGGAGGAGUUUGCUUUGUUAUCCCAGAGUGAGGGCCGCAAUAAUGCCCACUUCGACAGAGGUUCCAGGCCAGCAUCUGCAGCGGCGGUGGAGGGCCUCAAGAUGGUCACCGUUGAGGAACCAGACUCUUGUUCCAUAUGUCUGGAGGAUUUCGGGACAGCGACUCCAGUGUUGGCGAUGCCUUGCAGCCAUCUGUUCCAUGUGGCAUGUCUGAAGAAAUGGCUGGAGCAGAGCUGUUCGUGCCCUCUCUGUCGCUUCUCGCUUCCUCAAGAACAACGACUCAAUGAUCUGUGA